AUGUCUUCCACUCUAGACGACACAUCUACCUUGUUAUUCAAACUCUUCCGCAAUGCUUCGGGGGGAGUAUUGAUUACCUUGACGCUUGCUACUUUGAUCGGCUAUUUCGUCUUUCGGACCAUCUAUCGACUUUAUCUCCACCCUCUGAGCAAGUUCCCCGGUCCCAAGUUCCACGCAGUGAGCCACAUACCUGCCGUGCUCGCUACAUGGAAUGGCGAACAGCACAGACGCGUGGCUCGUCUUCACCAACAGUACGGCACCGUGGUCCGCAUCUCUCCAGAAGAGGUCAGUUUCAUCGAUCCCGACGCAUGGAAAGACAUAUACGGCCAUGGGAGCAAGGGUGUAUCGGGCCCACACAAACCCUGGAGCCGUCAUGGAAAAUACAUCAACGGAGCUACUUCCCUCAUUAUUGCACCAGACGCCGAUCACACCCGCAUGCGCCGCUUGUUCAAUCCUGCUUUCUCCGACCGCGCGCUCAAGCAACAGGAACCCCUCUUCCUGAAGUACAUCAACCUCCUCGCGGAAAAACUACGCGAAGGCAUAGAGGAGGAUCCGGACCGCAAGUUCGACAUGGUCAAAAUGUACAACUUUACUACAUUCGACAUCAUGGGCGACUUGACCUUCGGCGAGCCUCUGCAAAUGCUGUCCAAAGCGAAGUACGACCCGUGGGUCACCGCUAUCUUCAGGGGCAUCAAAGCAGGGACCCGGCUCAGCGUUCUAGCCGACUAUCCGCUUGUGGAGAAGACGUUCAAAUCACUCAUCCCUCAAUCUGUCAUGGUGAAGAAGCAAUACGAACACCACAGCUUCGCCGAGGAACGUGUGGCCAAAAGGCUCGAGAAGGGCCGCGAGCACGAGGGCGUAGACAUCUGGGACCUGGUCUUGAGCAAGUCGGCAGAGAAAGGGCUUUCACGAGCGGAGAUGGACAACAAUGCGGGCCUCUUCAUGCUCGCGGGGACUGAGACUACGGCGACACUGGUAUCGGGUCUAACGGCAUUGCUGCUGGAUCAUCCACGCACCAUGCGAGAACUUUCUACGGAGAUACGAAAAGCUUUCUCAGGACCAGAGGAGAUGACCAUUGAGAAGUGCGCUACACUGCCGUACUUGAAUGCUUGUAUCAAGGAAGCGCUGCGAUUGUACCCACCUGUGGCUAUGGGGAGGCCUCGAGUGUCGGCGCCCCAGGGUUCCACUAUCUGCGGACACUACAUUCCACCAGGCUACAUGGUGAGCGCACCACAUCUAGCAAUGUCCACAUCAGCCAGCAACUUCAAAGACCCGCUCUCCUUCGUCCCAGAGCGCUGGCUUGGGGACCCGCGCUUCGAAAGUGACAAGCGCCAUGCUGUGCAGCCCUUCCAUGUUGGGCCGCGAGACUGCAUCGGCAAGAACAUGGCGUACCAUGAGAUGCGUCUAAUCAUGACGAGGGUCCUCUACACAUUCGACCUGGAGCUUUGCGAGGAGAGCAGGAACUGGGGAGACCAGAAUUGCUAUAUUAUCUGGGAGAAGAAGCCGUUGAUGUGCACUUUGAAGGCGGUGAAUUAG